UUCGGCGCGCGGGGGGUGGGGAGUGCGUGGCGGCGGCGGCGGUGGUGAGGUUGAGGGGGAGGGGGUCAAGAAAAGGGGGGCAAAGACGCCAGGCGGUCAGUCACUUCACUUCACCCCAACCAGCAAACUGCCUGCCUGGAGGAUGGGAAUCCUCUUCACCAAACUCUGGAGACUCUUCAACCACCAAGAACACAAAGUGAUAAUCGUGGGAUUAGACAAUGCUGGAAAGACCACAAUCCUUUACCAAUUUUCAAUGAAUGAAGUUGUGCACACAUCACCCACAAUUGGCAGUAACGUGGAAGAGGUAAUGGUGAACAAUACACAUUUCUUAAUGUGGGAUAUUGGAGGUCAAGAAUCACUGCGUUCAUCAUGGAAUACUUACUAUACUAAUACUGAAUUUGUGAUCGUUGUUGUGGACAGUACGGACAGGGAAAGGAUAGCCAUUACCAGAGAUGAACUCUACAAAAUGUUGGCUCAUGAGGAUCUAAAGAGAGCGGGAUUGAUGAUCUUUGCCAACAAGCAAGAUGUUAAAGAAGGCAUGACGGUAGCUGAGAUCUCGCAGUACCUGAAACUGACCUCAAUUAAAGAUCACCAGUGGCACAUCCAAGCUUGCUGUGCGCUGACAGGAGAAGGGCUAUGCCAAGGGCUUGAAUGGAUGACAUCAAGGCUUAAGAUCAGAUGACCUCCACCAAAGGAUAAGGAUGCAUGGAUCAUUAAUAGCUAUAUAAACCACAUUUCUCCCAGUAAUGACUUCUUGCCUCGUGCUUGCUGGGUUUACUGGUAUUUAUUUCCCAGACGGAGCAAAGUUUACUAUUUUCACACUGGCUUCAAGUCCGUGUUUGGGAAGACUUCCUUAAGGAUCGAGACUGAGAAUCAGGACUCAAAAUUCAAUUGAUCAUUUAUGGCUUUUCUUUCAAAGAUGGCUGUGAUGAAUUGACUUUAUUUUUUUCUUUGGAACCAGCACAUUCUGCUCAGGGUAGAAUUUUAUAAUAUUUGGUAAGUAUUAGAGAAGGGAAAAAAAUUAAACACGUGUGUUCCAGCAUUAGUUCACAAGCUGUGACUUACUUUUUAACUAAUCAAACUGUCACAGCAAAAUACUGUUGAUCAAAUAACAAUUCAAGUCGUUGAUAUCAGAUAUCCAAUUUCUCUCAGCAAAUUUCAAUCAGGUUUUGGUCAUAAAAAUGCUACGGUGCGAACAUAAUUUGAACGCAACUAUUCUUUUCAAGUAGAAAUGAACAAGGAAACGGUGUAUUUUAAAUAUGAUAAUCCACAGUGUUUUGAUGCUUCACUGCGCGACACUUCGGGCAGAAUGAUGCUGAUACCCUUAAAUAUUCUCAACAUUGUAUUUAGUAAGUGGGUGCACAGGUAUUUAUAUUUUUAAAUGUACAAUAGUUCCUUAAUGUGAGUGCUACAUUGAGUAAGAUUCUAACUUAUGACAGUCGGGAAAGUUUUUGAUUUCUUUUGUAACUUCAGAACUUCUCGACAAGUGGAACCCGAGCAGUCAUUUUGAAUAUUGAGGUUCCGCUUGAUCCAGCAGUAUUAUGUAGCUGAAAGAUUAAAAACAUUAACACCUGUUAGCAAUGCUAACUUAACUUCCCUGAUCUCGUUUUGCUGUGCUCACACCAAAAAAGGAAGCUCACGAUUCCAGUUUUUGAUUUAACACUGCGCCUUUAGUCACUUGACUGAAGUCCAUUCUAUACUUUGUUCCAUAAAGACUGAACUGUAUUGAAAAUAUUUGUGUGACACAGUAGCCAAGUGUGUGGCUUUAAUAGCAGUGUUCACAUGAUUGAAAUUUCCAAUAGUCUGUAAUUGUAAAAUACUUUCCAAUGUUACAAUGCCAGGUUAAUUGUAAUAUUGAUUUUCCGACUACAUCAAUUGGUUCCUUUUUGAUCACUGUGAUCAAAUGCUGCUGUGUGUCCACACCAAUGCCACCCAACCCUUUGUGAUAUAUGGGCUUGAAAAUGUGCUACCGGGAGGUUUGAACCUUGUGAUUCUGUAUGGUGGUUUCCUUUGGGUGCCUUGCAGUGUAAUUGGACUUAAAGACUGAGAUGCAAAAAAAAAAAUAGCCUUUAAAUGAUUCAGAAUGUUUUGGGAUUGGGAGCGGGAUGAGAUGCUAGUUGACUCGUGGACUUCAAAAUCCUGACCAUAUUGGGAAUACAGUACCAUAAUGUAUUGGUUAUUAGUGAGGACCUAUAUUGAACUCCAAAUGGGAAACUUUGUUUCUGCUGUAUAUACUUGUACAUGAUAGCUGUCCUCAUCGACGCAGAGGCAGAGAUUUGUUUGUCCGAUGAAGAAAUGCAAGGACGCUGAGCUGUAGCAUCCAAGCUACAUUGAUGCAUAUUUUACGUUAUUAAAAGAUGUACAUGUGCAAA